AUGGUCUGGGCGGGCCCUCGAAGCCCGGGUGGGCUGGUGGGUGUCACUGGGCUGUCCGUGGCUGCGAAUCCGAUGCUGCUCCAGGCGAUCGUCAACGCCGUCUACGGCGCAAACGGCAUCCGCGGCCUCGACCCCGGCCUCUGGCGCGCCCAGCUCAUCCGCACCACCGCACGCGCCGCCCAGCUCAUCCAGGCCCUAUGGGCCAAGCUCGGCGGGAAGGCCGGCGUCAUCCUCGACGACCAGGGCGAGGACGGCAGGGGCGUCAUGCGUCUGCAGGGCGUCUUCUCGGACAUCCAGAUGUUUGUCGGAUCCCUCACCACCCUGCAGGACCCGCUCUCCUCGAUCCUCCUCGACCCGCUCGCCUUCGCGCGCACCCAAUCCACCGUCACCACGCUCACCAAAAAGCUGGCCUCCCUGGCCACCCACUACGAGGUUGCAGACUCCCUUCCGACUCCGCUCGACCAAUGGAAGGACGAAGACGCCCAAGACAAGGCCGAAGACCUGGGCGCCCUGCCGCUCCUGAUCGCCAAGAGCAGGCCGACGAGAGCCGUCCUGCAGAAGUUCGAAGCCGACUGCGCCCGCCGCGAGCUGGCUGAGCUCGCCAACCCCGACCAACCCGUGCCGGAGCCGGAAGACGCCUCAGCAGCAUCCCGCUCCACGGCCCCCUCCCCCGCCCCCUCCUCCUUUGCGAGCUCCGGCCUCAGCGCCGCCAGGCGCCCCGAGUUCCUCCGAUUCGUCUACUCCCAGAACCCGAACCUGAUCGCCGCCAACGAGAGCCUCGACACCGCCGUCGCCGCCGGCACCGCAGCCCUCUCGUCCAUGGCGCCCCCCAAGCCCAGCAUCCAGUCGAUCUCCCUCGGGCCCCCCAAGUCGCGCAAAUCGCUCGUCCAGCAGCGCAUCUCCUCCUUUGCCUCCUCCGCCGACGCCCCGCCACCCCUGCCCGCCGCCCCCCCGAUCGCCCUCCCCGUCCGCCGCGUCGCCUCCGAUAAUCCGCAGAACACCAGUGCGCGCAAGAGCUGGACGGUCGACAUGAGCGCACUCAACGGCAUCCAGAGGCAGUCCAGCCUCAGCAUCAGCAAGCCGCCCUCGCUUUCAGGCCCCUCGCCCCAGAUCUCCAUGGCCGCGCCCCCAGUCAACUGGAAACAAUCCAUCAGUCGCCCCACAUCCAUCAAAAGUCGCUCAUCUAUCAGCACCGAGCCCGCCGCCGACAAGCCCAAUGGAAACGCCUCUGCUGCCGAUGAGGCUGCACCGGGAGACUCUGAUUCGAAGCCGGUACUGAAGCCCACUUUCGCCGAACAAGCAGCCGCCAUAGUUGCCGCGCGCAAGCAACGCACCAUCUCCCAGUCCUCCUCAACCUCGUACAAGGACCGACUGCUCACCAAAAACCUCGCCGAGGGCACAGCAUCCACCGGCCUUGCAGCCACCCCGGAACAUCCACCACUGCCCGAACCCAACUCAUCCUCCGACGCGCCGGGCUCUGCCGCCCUCAAUCUGGUCUCCGAGACGCCUCCGUCACUCGUCUCAUUGGACCCGCUUCCACUCCCGACUGACGAAUCCGCCUUGGCAACCUCAAAGAGUGUCUCCGUGAGCUUCCCGGCCAAGGUCUCUCCAUCCCCCUCGCUGUCCCCCGUGAUGGCUCGGAUGAAUUCCAGCUCGUCUGCGGCCUCAUCCUCGCCUGUUCGUGUGGUGGCCCGGAUGAACUCAAGCUCGUCCACCGCCUCGCCCAAGCCGCCGGCCAGCAGCUUGGCCCCCAGCCUCCCCUCGAGCCCGCCCCCUGCCAGUGUUCGCCGGCCCUCGUUGGCCCCUCCGCCUCCGGAACCUGAUCUCGACUUCGAGCUCGUCUCAGACCUCAUCGAGCAUACCUCCAUGCUCGACGUCAUCCUUGGCCCGACGCCCGACAACACCGAGCCGCUCACACUGCCAUCUUCAGCGGCUGUCGACCCCGCCGAAGCCGACUCUGGUCCUGGUGCUGCGAAGUCUGCGGAGGCAGAUCCGGCUGAACCGGCGCUUUCUGCCUCCCAAGCCUCGGGUACUUCUUCCCAUGCCCCGCCGCCUGAAGAGCUAUCUUUGGCCGAUCUGAUGGAGCAGGCAUCCAUGUUUGAGAGUUGGACGCCUGACCAGGACCAGACGAGCACCCAGCUGUCCCAGAUCGUCACCUCGCCCGUCCGCCCGGGCGUCCCGGCUGAAUCUGCGCCCCCGCCGGACCCCCUGUCGGCCGCUUUCCUUUCCCCCCCGCUCUCGCCUAUCUCACCCGUCUCCUCCAAACUGGCCGGUGCACCCGAGCCAGAGGAGCGAUCUGCGUCCACAAAAGCCGCGUCGCCCCUCUCGCAAAGGCCCAGUCAUCUAGCCCUCCAAACCCUUGACAAACCGUUCGGCUCGCUGCCCGAAGCUGCACACUCUGAAGCAGUCCUGACGAUCGCCGGAUCUCCUAUCUCAACGCCCUCGAUCAGCGGCCAGUCGUGGGCCACCUCGCUCAUGUCCACCCCUCCGGCUCUCUCCGACUUUGACUGGAACCUCCUCAACGGGAACUACUACAACACGCAGCUUUCAACAAGCCUUCCGGCGCCCGAAAACCCGCUCAAGAGUGGCUGGCGGAUCCUCUGCCUCGAUGGGGGAGGGAUCCGGGGCUUGUCGAUGCUCUACGUGGUCCGCGAGCUGAUGACGUCUGUCCAGACCCGUCUCCGGCUCCACAAAGCACCCCUGCCGUGUGAGAUGUUCGAGAUGAUCUGCGGGAUCGGGACGGGCGGGAUCAUAGCGCUGCUGCUCGGCCGCCUCAGACUCGACAUCUCCGUGGCCGUCGAGGCCUAUCUCCAGAUCGUCCGCCAGGUCUUCCGCCAGUCCAAGGGGGUCAUCGCUGCCGUCCGCAAGAAGACCCGGUUCAGCGCGACCAAGCUGGAGGCGGUGAUCCGCGAGGUCGUCAAGCAGAUCUCGGGCCAGGAAGAGCUCUACCUCGCCGCCGCGUCGGAUGCGCGUCCGAUCUGUCGCACGUUGCUCCUUGCGAUGCGGCCCUCGGAGGGCAGGGAGGAGCAGCGGGGUCUGAUGAGCAAAUUAAGAUCCUAUGGGGAGCGACAGGGGGCGGGCGGGCAGGGGUGUAGCAUAGCCCAAGCGGGACGGGCGACGAGUGCGGCGCCGCUGUUCUUCAAGCCGGCGCGGGCGGAGGAGGUGGAGGAGUUCGGGGACGAGCCGGUGGCGACGAGUGAGGCGAAUCUGAGCAACCCAUCGAUGGAGGCGGUGGCGGAGGCCGAGAGGGUGUGUCCAGGGCGACGGAUCGACGUUCUGCUCUCGCUGGGCGCCGGGAAGGGGCUCCACACGGGCACGGGCUCGAUCGCCCGCGCGUGCGGCGAGAUGGCCCAGGCGUCCGAGCGGACCGCCCGCGAGGUCGAGCAGCGCGCCCUCCGCGAGGGCUGGGCCACCCGCUACUUCCGCGCAUCCGUCAACGGGCUCAAGAACGAGGACAACCGUGGCGAGUGGGAGAACCCCGACUGGGUCAAGGCCGGGACCGUCAAGCAUCUGUUCAUCGACGCGCGCAGCCAGUUCGAGCAGCAGGUCGACUGUCUGACUGCCAGUUGGAAGUCCUCCUACGACGACGAGGUGCUCCGCCGGAUCCUGCUCGAUCACGGCAAGGGCACGAUCACCCCACGCAGUGCCUUCCUGCCCUCCCGGCCACACAACCUUGCGCCGCGGGCCGACGACCUGCGCCGGUCGAUCUCGGCGGACCAUGCGGAGAUGCAAGCCCAAGCGCACGGCGUCUCCUCGCCCUUCCGCAAGUACAGGGCCUCCCAGGCCGCCCCCCCGCCCAGCCCCGACCGCCAUCCGCCCCUCCCCAACAGCCUCUAUCCCGCAAGCCUCUACGAAGGCUCCCCCCGCAGAACCCUGCUCCCCCAGCCCACCCCCCCGCCCUCCUCCGGCCCCCAUCUCGCCUCCUUCGAGCUCAAAUUGCCCGAAUUCAACUUCUCGAAAACUUAG